UCGGAGAUGUUUCGCACGUCCAUCUCUAGCAUUUUAAUCUAUGGCAAUGUAGUUCUCUCUGCGCAAUGUAAUUUUCGGAAAAACAAAUCGAUAUCCAAUUCAAGAUCACCCACAUCUAGACAAUAAUUCUGUUCUUCCGUCCCAGAACAAACUAGAUGAAUCCUCUAGCGCAAAAAUAAAGUUCACAUUUUUUCGUUCUCGAUACUAUGUCGUCUGGUAAUAUCAACACCAUAAACGAAAACAGCUAUAUCUUAGAGGAACAAACGAACAAGGUCGAUGGAAAGAUUGAAGACGACAACUCGACACCAAGAUCAAGUUUGCCUCUGGCAUGCUUCAACUUCAUCAAUUCAAUUAUUGGUAGUGGCGUUAUUGGGAUUCCAUAUGCUCUUCAGAAAGCAGGAUUUGGCUUUGGUUUAGUAUUACUUUUUCUAGUAGCUUACAUAACAGACUACUCAAUCAUUUUGAUGAUAAAAUGUGGGCAUCUCAGUGGAAGAUUUUCUUACCAAGGAAUCAUGGAAGCAGCCUUUGGUCGUCCGGGAUAUAUUCUCCUGGGGUUACUUCAAUUUUUUUAUCCCUUUGUUGCCAUGGUUUCCUACAAUGUAGUUGUUGGAGAUACAGUUACCAAAGUUCUGAUAAGGCUAACAGGAAUGAGUACAACAUCCUUGUUUGCAAAACGACAAGUUAUAGUGUUGUUAGCAAAUUUGUUGAUAACCAUACCUCUGUGCCUAUAUAGAAACGUGUCGAAGUUAGCCAAGAUUUCAUUUUUCAGCUUGGUUUGCAUCGCUUUUAUCUUGUUUUCCAUCUUGGUUAGAAUGGGAGAGAUGAGCCAUAGGGUGCCUCAUCAUCAAGCUUCCUGGACAUUUUUCAACAAUGAUAUAGUACCUGCCAUAGGUAUAAUGGCUUUUGCAUUUAUGUGUCACCACAAUACUUUCCUAAUUUACACCUCCAUAGAAGAACCAGAUGAGAAAAAAUGGGCAACAGUAACUCAUGCUUCCAUAUUUACGAGCUUAACUGUAUCAGUUUUGUUUGGACUGGCCGGAUAUGCUACAUUUGCAGCCUAUUCUCAGGGAGAUCUUUUGGAGAACUACUGCUGGGAUGACGACCUCAUGAACCUCAGUCGACUCUUGUUCAGCGUUCAGAUACUGUUGACUUAUCCAAUAGAAUGCCUGGUCACUAGGGAAGUAAUAGAAAACUCUAUUUUCAAAGACGAUCCCAGUGCCAUAGUAUCAGACAACACACACUACGCUAUCACUUUGGCAAUAAUAAUAGUGACAUACUUAAUAUCGAUAUCCACUGAUUGCCUUGGAGUAGUUUUGGAACUUAACGGUGUUUUAGCAGCUGUACCCCUGGCUUAUGUGCUCCCCGCUCUGAGCUAUCUGAGGCUUUCUGAAGGCUCCGCCUUUAGCAGGGAAAAUAUAAGAGCUCUAGGAGUCGUAAUUUUUGGAGUAUCUAUCGCUGCUUUCGGUGUUCUCUUCCUCUUCAUGGAUUUCGAUAAAUUCAACGUAUGUUCUCAUGGUGCCAUUAUGGAGUACUGUAAACCACAAAAUACAACAAUCUUUACCAAUACUUCUCACCUACACUCACUUAAGAAUAGCUCAUACGUAAUUUCAAAAAAACUGCCCAAAAUGAGAAGUUCUAGUGGUAUGAGUAAGUCCAGUUUCUUUGGUUUCUAGUACCUUGGUGGUAGCUAACACUGAAAUAUCUUUGUAAGUAAACUAAACAAGCAGUUAAAACAAUGAGGACAAUAGUGGAAAUUGUCCCUAGAAGAGAGCAAUAUUUAAAUGAUCAAACAAUUUGUUUUGAAAAUGAGCUUCUUUAUUGAAUUCUUAACGGUCAGAUUAUGAACAGAAUGCCAUAAUUGUCAUCUAAUUUGAAAUUUGCCACAAGAAUAUGUGUUUUUUAUGGUUUAUAUUGAUUCGUUGUAGGUAUUGAGAUAUAGGUUCGUUAUCUUAAUGACGCGCAUCCAAGAUGUUAUAAUUCACAGGGUUGGAUAACCCUGAAAAUUGUUCAAUUCGUUGAUUCGUGAGAUAUCAGUGAACCAAAUAUGAAUUUUUUGCUGAAUUUGAGGGGGAACUAAUUUCAUUUUCCUAACAAUAGCGAAAUGAAUCAAAGUGUUUCAUACUCGAGUAUACAAUAAACAUGUAUACAUCAAAUGAUCAAUAAUGAACAAACAAAAAUGAAACGGUCAGAAAAAUUGCAUAUUCAAAUUGAAAACCUAUUCACAGGGGAUUCAAAUUUUUCUUAUUAUAGGUAUAAUUUUCCAAUAAAUUCUCAAAUUAUUCAUAUUACUGGAAUUUUGAAUAUUAUUUGAAAAAAAAAUCAUUAAAUUGAACGCCAAUUAAGAACAAUACUAUUUGCACAAUAUUUUUAAGGAAGUUAUUCAAGAUAUUCUAUAUUUUUUAUAUAAAUUUGUUACACAAAUAGAUUUGAGUGAAUUUAUUAUAUUAGUUUGAAAAUCGAGAACUCUAUAUUGUAUUCCUUGAAAAAUGAAACAAUUCGAAGAAAUGAAGAAUACUUUGAAUACUUAUAUAAUUCAUUGAUAUUUUGAAUUGAAUAUGAAUUCAUUUAAAAUAAUUUUAGGGAAAAGCUUUAAUAUUUUUACUAGAUGAAAUAAAAUGGUUUUAUAAUUAUAGCAUAAUACAGUGUUAUUUGUAGAUGUCUCUUAAUUGUGAAAAGUAUAAUAACGUAGUUAUUUGUUGAUAUAUUAUAUAUUUUGUUGAUCUGAUCAUUAUGUGAUAUGUAGAAAUAUAUAUGUUGUAUUUAAAAAAUGAAAAAUGAAACGAAAAGAAGAACAGUUAUACGAAAAUGUCAUGUACCUAUAAAAACAUGAAGUAAAUAAGAAAACAGCCAAAAUUAUCUACUUCUGAAGAAUUAUAUUUGAAACUCUAACAAUCAGGGUUGAUUCAUACUUUAACAGUAUU